CGCCAAGGAACUGCCACCAGCAAAACAUAUGAUUAGUCAGGUGAGAGGAGUGAAGAGCCACACUGAAGGAAAGGUACUCUAGAAGAAGAGAGUUGAGAGGAUACAGUGGACUUUUAACCAUUAACACGGGUAUGCUGUGCAUUGUUCUGGAAGCACUUCCUUCACAGUUCCCCUUUUGGCUGCCUCCUUCUUGCUCCAUUUCACAGAAUUAGAAGGAGCCAGCCCUGGCUCAGAAAGACUCCGUUAAGCCUCUGGCCUCCUUCACGGCACAAUUGACAACUACCAGCCUUUUCACUGCUUCCCUCACCAUGGACACUUGGCAGAGAGGAUCCAUCAGGUCCUCAGGUUUUUUCAAGCGUCUCUCAUUCAGGAGGCAUAAGAAGCUUGGCAAUCAAGUCACUAUCUUGAAUCAGAACAGCCACACAAUAGACACCACUGGACAGUACAACAAGAGAGAGCUCCUAGGAGACUUAAAAGGGAAGUCGGACUAUUUAUCUUGUCAGAGUGAGCAAAACCUAGCCAGCAAGCCACAGCCACCUCCCAAACCACCUCGGCUAUAUCUGGACAGUGCCAGCUGUCCCAAUAUUAUAGACCACACUGAUUCUCCUUCUGCAAACCUUUCUUUUCCAAGCACUUCAUGCCAUUCCCACAAGGCCACUCAAACACAGCCAGACCUAUUUUGCAAGAACCAAGUUACAAACUGGUCCCCUUCUGAAAACACCUCCUGGCAUGGAAAGUCUCUUCCCGAUACAUCAGACCCCUUCUUUUCCUUCACACUGGACUUGGGGCCCUCGCUCCUUGAUGAUGUUCUGCAGACGCUCAGAAAACAGAAUUUACUGUUAAAUUAACUGGUCUUCUAGCAAAAACAGAGAAAUUAAUGAUACUGGACUAUUGGCCCAUCUUCAUUGUCUCUACGUAACCCAAGCUGCUUUUUGUAAGGUGGGCUCCUUCUCAAUGAGAUGUCAUAGUACACUAGCAGAUGAGCAUCGUAUCUUUUCAGAACUUACUAGCACUGCUUCCAUUUACCACACUUUUCCAAGAUUUUCCCACUCAGACAGAGUACCUCAUUCUGAUAAGCAAGCAAGACACUUGCUAUGUUUGGACCAUAUCAGCAACCUUACAACAAAUGGGCAUGUAGAAAGAGUGGGUGGCUGUGACACAAGGCUCAAUACCAUAAGGAACUCAUGGGCUUGUCUGGAUAACCUCUCCACAAUCUCAGAUAAUAACUAAUGUCUCAAAGCCAGAGCAGUUGCCUAUAAGGUUAGUUUGGAGACAGAAGUCAAGAGACUUGCACUAUGCAUAAAUGAAGCGAAGAUUACCUUCUUUUAUACCAGUGCAUAUUUUCCUCAUUAAUUCUAAUUAAUGGGCAUAUUUAAUUUAUUGGAAAGUCAGACCAUAAAGCAAUUGUUUCUGCUUCUAUUCAUCACAGGGGAAAGGAAGUGUAUAACAAUCGCUUA